AUAAUAUUUAAAAGCUGGGACAAAGAAGCGUCGGGACGGAGCUGCUUCAAAACUGCAAAACGUCAGCGGAGCCUCCGGAGGGGUCCGCCGCUCGAGUCAGGAGCAGCCCCUUUAAAAAAGCGGAGUACAGUAUUGGGAUUCUUGAAACCUGAAACCUAGAAACAGAAUCGAAGCGGAAACCAGAAGGAAAACCUUGAACUCCUCCAGACAAUUGCUUCCGGGGAGUUCCAGGAGCGCGAGGGGGAAUAAAGGGCCCGCGAGCAGGGCCCCUCGGAUGGCGCGUCCCUGAGUGUCCUGGCCAGUUCGAGGCGCGUGGGAAGCAGAGGACCCUACCUCUCCCUAGGCUGCAGGUCAUGGCCACCGUGGAGCAGAAAGCCCUCGGCAUUGGCUUCAAGUGUCUCUCCUUGGCCACUUUUGUGCUCAUCUGCGCCGGGCAAGGGGGACGCAGGGAGGAAGGGGCUCCAGCCUGCUACGGGGGAUUUGACCUGUACUUCAUUUUGGACAAAUCAGGAAGUGUGCUGCACCACUGGAAUGAAAUCUAUUACUUUGUGGAACAGUUGGCUCAUAAAUUCAUCAGCCCACAGCUCAGAAUGUCCUUUAUUGUCUUCUCUACUCGAGGCACAACCCUAAUGAAGCUAACAGAAGACAGGGAACAGAUCCGUCAGGGCCUAGAAGAACUCCAGAAGGUCCUGCCAGGAGGAGACACUUACAUGCAUGAAGGAUUUGAAAGGGCCAGCGAGCAGAUUUAUUAUGAAAACAGUCAAGGAUACAGGACGGCCAGCGUCAUCAUUGCUUUGACCGAUGGGGAACUCCAUGAAGAUCUCUUUUUCUAUUCAGAGAGGGAGGCUAACAGAUCCCGAGAUCUUGGUGCCAUUGUUUACUGUGUUGGUGUGAAGGAUUUCAAUGAAACACAGCUGGCCCGGAUUGCAGACAGCAAGGACCACGUGUUUCCCGUGAAUGACGGCUUUCAGGCUCUGCAAGGCAUCAUCCACUCAAUUUUGAAGAAGUCCUGCAUCGAAAUUUUAGCAGCUGAACCAUCCACCAUAUGUGCAGGAGAAUCAUUUCAAGUAGUUGUAAGAGGAAACGGCUUCCGACAUGCCCGAAACGUGGACAGGGUCCUCUGCAGCUUCAAGAUCAACGAGUCAGUCACCCUCAAUGAGAAGCCCUUCACUGUGGAAGACACUUACUUGCUGUGUCCAGCACCGAUCUUAAAGGAAGUUGGCAUGAAAGCCGCACUUCAGGUCAGCAUGAACGAUGGCCUCUCUUUCAUCUCCAGUUCUGUCAUCAUCACCACCACACGCUGUUCUGAUGGCUCCAUCCUGGCAAUUGCCCUGCUGAUCCUGUUCCUGCUGCUGGCCCUGGCUCUCCUCUGGUGGUUCUGGCCCCUCUGCUGCACCGUGAUUAUCAAGGAGGUCCCUCCACCCCCUGCGGAGGAGAGUGAGGAAGAAGAUGAUGAUGGUCUGCCCAAGAAAAAGUGGCCUACCGUAGAUGCCUCUUACUAUGGUGGGCGAGGCGUUGGAGGCAUUAAAAGGAUGGAGGUUCGUUGGGGAGAAAAGGGUUCCACAGAAGAAGGUGCUAAGUUGGAAAAGGCAAAGAAUGCCAGAGUCAAAAUGCCGGAGCAGGAAUACGAAUUCCCCGAGCCUCGAAAUCUCAACAACAACAUGCGGCGGCCCUCUUCCCCUCGGAAGUGGUACUCCCCGAUCAAGGGAAAACUGGAUGCCUUGUGGGUCUUACUAAGGAAAGGAUAUGAUCGUGUGUCUGUGAUGCGUCCACAGCCAGGAGACACGGGGCGCUGUAUCAACUUCACCAGAGUCAAGAACAAUCAGCCCGCCAAGUACCCCCUCAACAACGCCUACCACACCACCUCACCGCCUCCUGCCCCCAUUUACACCCCCCCGCCCCCUGCUCCUCAUUGCCCUCCCCCACCCCCCAGUGCUCCCACCCCUCCAAUUCCGUCUCCACCUUCCACCCUUCCCCCUCCUCCUCAAGCUCCACCUCCCAACAGGGCACCACCCCCCUCCCGACCUCCUCCUAGGCCUUCUGUCUAG